GUCUAUAUUAGAUAUAUAACAACGGGCGGGUGCGGUUCUGAUCAAAUGUUAGAUCGGGUGGAUGGCGGGUGGUUGACGACUUUCUGAUGCGGUUGCGGAUGAAAUAAUUGCCUAUCCGCGCAUCUCUACUGAGCAACAACUUGAGGCAGUUUAAUGUUGAUUAAUGUGGGCAGAAUUAUUAUAGUGUUCCCAAUGUUAAAAGGAUAAAGCCAUUGUUUACAAAUUUGGUAAAUAAAUAACCAAAAAUGUAUAUUUUGUUGUUUUCUUACUGUACCGAAAAUUAACCGAACCGUGACCUCUAAACCGAGGUACGUACCGAACCGAAAUUUUUGUGUACCGUUACAUUCCUAAUCACUACAUGUGGCGUUAUAGAGCUGUAUUAAAAAUAUUUGACGUCCAUUAUGUUUAUUGCUAAUGUUUAUGUCCUGAGCAAAACUAACAUUUGUUAGAAAUAUUGGUUAAAGUUAUUCAUGUUGCUAGCUUGCUAGCACGUAGCUAAUAAGCAUAUUUGCUACACAGCUGCUUACCUCUUAUAGUUUUUUUCCCAGCUGUAUUUGUAGGGAAAUAUUGCAGUAAAUGUUUACAUGUGUGGACCUAUCAUGAAAACGGAGAAGCCUUAACGUAAACUAAGCUUCGGUAAAACAAAUGACGUCGCCGCGGUGUUACAACCAUGCCCUCCUUUUCGGUUGUUAUCGCGAGGAAGUGAAAUGAAGCGAGAGUGUUUUUCUACGUCGACGCUUCCAGGGAGCCGUAAGUAAUGUCUUCUGGGGCUUGGACGCGCCGACACACAUCGCUGCUUACAUGAUUUUUUUAAUUUUUAAUUUUUUGAGCGUUUUUUUUGCUGCCACAAUUCUGCUUGACGUCGUUCCCGCGCAUUUGUCUCCACCAGACUGCCGUCUUCAGGGUUUGGACAGCGCCCGCUUCUUUCUUCUUCUCAGGCAGCGUCGCACACAUGGAGCCCCGCGUUGUGUGAUCCCGGGAAGGGGUUGGAAAGCUCCGGGCGAAUAGCACACACGCCAUCCCCCCCGCGAUGGUACCGUCUCCCCGGACUCGGUGACGGCCGAAGCAUGGUGCCCUCUGGCCGGGGGAGGUGGAUUUAUCGCACGCUGUCCCCAGAAAGGCGAUACCGGUGCUCGACGGAUUGGUCAGCCCACUCAUCUUCUUCACUGCCGGGGCAAAUGAGUCACGACCACCGCACGUUCCGCGAUGUAGAGCCGGCAAACACGGGAGGUGUGGAAGGAGCCAGUUCAGUGCUGUGGUGAAUAGACAUUGCGGCUGAUUUAGUGUAAACGUCCACUAUUCCGAAGCCUUUCAACAUGAGCAACCACAAGCCCCCUACCCAAGCUGCGUCCUCAGAGCUGGAGGUGAUCUCUCAGCAGGUGGAGGAGGACAACCAGCGUGUGGCCCCAGUUAAGCUCGUCAGCUUCUCAUACAGAGACUUACCUCUGGCUGCCCUAGAUGUGUCCCUUGCUGGAUCUCAGCUCAUUUCAAACCCAGAUGAAGAUGAUAACAGAGAGGGGUCCAACUGGCUGAAGCCGUGCUGCGGAGGGCGAGCAGCGCUGUGGCAAGUGUGUCUGGCCUCAGCCGGCUUCAACUGUGUCCUUGUGGCCUGCGUGGUUCUGGUGGUCGUCCUACUGACUUUGGAGCUGCUCGUCGACACCAAGCUGUUGCAGUUUAAUAACGCAUCCCAGUUUGCCGGCGUCAUCCACUGGAUCAGUCUGGCAAUCCUGUCAGUCUUCUUCACUGAGACCGUGUUCAGGAUCGUGGUCCUGGGGAUAUGGGAUUACAUUGAGAACAAAGUAGAGGUGUUCGAUGGAGCUGUCAUCGUCCUCUCGCUGGCCCCUAUGGUGGCCUCCACUGUGGCCAACGGCCCCAGUAGCCCCUGGGACGCCAUUGGCCUCAUCAUCACGCUGCGUAUCUGGAGGGUCAAAAGGGUUAUUGACGCCUACGUGCUGCAAGUGAAGGUGGAGAUGGAACUGGAGAUCCAGCAGUAUGAGAAGGCCAAAGCGCUAAGAGAGGAGCAACUUGACCGCCUUACUCAGAUCUGCCAGGAGCAAGCAUUUGAAAUCCGGCAGCUGAGGGCCCACCUGGCCCAUCAGGACCUGGAUCUGGUGGCAGAGCGCGAAGCAGCCAUGCAGAUCCACCAUAUGUGGGGUAAACCGAGCAGCAGUUUCCAUGAGGUGGACGGACUGGCCCCUGGGAGCUCCGAACAUCACAGGCCGGCCAAAGUCAGAGAGCCCGGGGGGCCCUCAGCCCACCACGGCCAGGACGACAUGAACAACUACAUCAGUCAGUAUUACAGCGAGCCAAGCAGCGACAUGGGCGUCCCAGACCCCGCCGCACGCGUCAUCACCACAGCGGCCAUAGACGUCCACCUGCCCGACAACCCCAGCCAGCUUCCUCCUUCUCUGGUAAGUGCAGACGCCAUGUCCGGCAGCGGCCGCUUGCAGCGCGCCAACAGCUCGGCGAGCGAAGCGUCCGCCACCACGGCGUCUCGCAUCAGCAGCCGCACGCUGGGAUCGUCCACGGACUGUAGCUCCACCGUGCGCGAGGCGUCCACGUCCACGGACUACAGCGACCAGCGCUGCUACCCUCCGCCCUACAGCAGCACGCAGCCCAGAGGAAGCCCCAGCGCGGUGGUGCAGGAACUCCUCUCCUCGCUGUCGGGGGACUCCUGUCUCGCCCAGAAGGGUUUGGACCCGGUCAACCUCAAACCCCCGAGCCCGACCGGUUCCACCAAAAACAGCCCCCAGCUGGAGCACAGGGUCAACAUCUACAACAAGAGGAACCAGGAGUCGCACACCAAACCUCUCAUCCACCUGCAGGGCAAGGAAGCGUUCCUGGAGGAGAAGUACAGGAUGAUGGAGCCAGUAGACGCUCCCAUCCAUCAUCUGUCGGAAACAUAAGACAGCAGGAACCUCAACACUUAUCAGGAAAUGACUCACUUUUAUCAACCUUUUACCAGCAACAGGCACAAACCUAAUGCGACGACGCAGCGGUUUUAUAAUAAAAAGCCUAAAAAAGGGUUUGAUGGAGCAACAGUGGAUCAGUGUUGCCAUACCAAGUCAUUUCUAAACUUCUGUCUUUCUAUUUUAACAAUGUUUGUAAUAUCAAUUCUAUGGAUGGAGUUUUGAAAAGGAGUUUUUUGGAAUCUAACCAGUCUGAGAUUUGAAAAUUGAAAACGUGGCUGCACAUGACAUGAAGUGGAAACUGUGGUGUAGCUGUGUAAAUAUUUCAAAACAGGAAGUCU